AUGAUCCUUCUUUAUUAAAAAUGAUCUUUUUCUUCUUAAAACUAACCAUCCUUGUUACAAUUGUUCUCUUUUAUUUUGUUAAUAUUUUGUAUUUCAUCUCUUUCUUGUUUUAAAAGAGUGCCUUCAAUUGUUUUGCGCAUGGCAAGUUUCAUAUUUCCCAACCACCUCUGUUUGAAAUUCAGUAAUGUUUUAAAACUCUUUUAGUUGUAUGAUUUAGUACAAUUUGUAGUGUUAUAUCUUGUUUUCAUGAUUUAAAAAAAAUCAAUAUUACAUCUACUAUUAUUCAUGAUAGAUGUUAGAUUGUAAUAGGUCAUUGCUCUCUAGUUAAAAUUAAAAGAAGUCUAAAGAAAAUGUGAAAAUCUCCUAUGAUGUGUCAGAUUGUAAAGCUUUUAUAAUAUAUUUUAUUGAAUAUAAUGAUAUAAAAUAUUUUAUUGAUAAUAAUGAUAUAAAAAAUUAAAAAGAGAAGUAUCAUAAAAUAUCAUUGAUGAUAAAAUAAAAUCUAUCCUUCCAACAUUAUAACAUAUUUUGUCAAUUCUAUUUUAUCAAAAUUGGUAUACUGUGGCUAAUAUGUGACAUUUAUAUUAUCCAAUACAAAAUUUAUAUUUUAAUCUCAAAUCUAUAAUAUUUCUUUUCAAAUAAAUUCUUUAUAAGAUUUUGCUUGAUUAAUAUUUAGUAUAAUGUAGAAAGUGAGAAAACAAGUUUUUAUUCAGUUUCAAAACUUUGGAUGAUGCAUAAUUUCUAUUGGAAAAAGUUUUAAAAAAUGGGGGAGAAAAAAAAUAAAAAAAAAAAUAAAAAAAAAAAAAAAUAAAAAAAAAGUAAAACAGAUUAGUUAAAAUUAUGAAACUUAAAAUAACGAGGAGGAGCAGAUAAUUUAAUUUUCAUGGAAUUAUUUAAACCAUGAAAAAAUAAAGAUGGACGUUAAAUCGUUAUUCAGGAUAAAGAAAAAGAGAGGGAAAAAAGGGAAAAAGAAAUUAGCACAAAUGCUAAUUUCCCCGCGGCGGUGAUAGCCGUUGACGUCAUGAAAAAAAGGGGAAGAAAAAAAAGAGAGAGAUAAAAAAAAUGGCGUCGCAUGCGUACGUCGUUAAGAAGAAGAAAAAAAACAUAGAAAAGGAAGAUGGCCAAUGGUGGCGCGCUCUAACGACGACGAACGGAAUAAAAUUGGCGAAUGCUGAUUGGCUAACGGAUAGACAUGGGUGGUAAUUGUUAUGCGCAUGCUCGCGGAUAUCGCCAUAUUUAAUUUUUCGCAAGUUUUGCUCGAGGACGCUAGGAAUAAAAACGUAAAAAGGAAAUAUAUUAAAUACCAGGGGGAUGAUUGACAUAAAAGAAUGACUAUAAAAAGAAUUUAAUUUAAUGUUCGUAAGCUUUUAUAAAGAAAUAAUUAAAAAGGAAUUAUGCGGAUUCCCUUUUUCAUAGGAAUACGUUUGAGAUUCGCUUACAGCACCGCGGAUUUUUCCAGACGCGCGCGAUUUUAUUCUGCGCAUGGAAAGCAAUUUUGCCCAAUCAUAAAUAGGGCUAUUGUGGGGGGAUGGUGUAUGCCUUCUGGCGCAUUUCAUACAUCCGAGUGUAAUGGUAACGAGAUAGAGACGUCGCGCGGGGAUAUCGGCCGGUUAGCACCGUAAAUACCCUACUACCGUACUAGCGCGAAAAAAAUAUUCUAUCUCUCCAAAUAACCUUUAUUUAUUUUCGAUACGUGUACUCGCGGGAUAUCACUUUAAAAGUAAAAAAGAAAAAAAAAAGAAAAAAAACAAACAAACAAACGCAAAAACGUCGCCUCGUUUGAGCCAUAGUUAUCUUAUUUUUUUCUUUUUUUUUUUUUUUUUCUUUCGGUUCAUUCUUAAACCCCUUUUUUUUCUUUUUUUUUAAUACAUUUCUUCUCGGUUCCACGAGAAGAAGAAAGUCGAUCAGCUUGCUUGGCUGUGUAUUUUUUUACGUGUAUUAUCUUCGUCGAAUACACGUCGGAUUGUCGUCGUCGUCGUCGUCGUCGUCAUCGUCGUCGUCGUCGUCGUCGUCAUCGUCAUCGUCGUCGUACUCGUAAUCGUAAUCGUAAUCGUAAUCGUAGUCGUCGUAGAUCGGGUCGUGCGUGCGAGCGGUCGAGCGAGUGAUCUGUGACGUCAGUGGUCCGAUUGGCUGUCACCUGUCAAGCCGACGUAGUAUCCCUCGCCUUACCUCAGUCCCCUCUUUCCCCUUUGAAUCUGAGCUAACCCCCCUCCCUCCCUCCCUCCCUUCCACCAAACCCCGUACGAGUCUUCUUUGCCAGGGAUUCUCCCACCAUACUCUCCUAACCACCACCAUUACCUUUACCACCACCACCACCUACCACCAGCACCAGGACCACCAGGACCACCAGCCAUCAUUACCACCACCAUCACUACCACCUUCACCCACCCACCCAUCCACCCACCCAUCUACCAUUACUAUUACCCGUUUUAGCGAGAACCCCGUGAAUCCUCCUCCCACUAUCGGUCCAGCACUCGACCUCAUCCUCCUUCUCUUCCUCCUCCCCUACCAAAUACUCCCGAGCACCCAUUUUCCCUGGGUCUUUUUCAACCAACCAUGGUGCUGGUUAUAUUUCCAUCCCAGCGGAACCACCACCUCUAUCCCAGGCACGAAGUGCCGCGGGCAAUAUAUCUCACCCUCUUUUACCCUUUUACCCGGCCAUUUCGAAAACCGAGACUUCUCAGUACCAGAAUUCCCAGGACCUUCCCCUAUCUCUAUCUUUCUCCCUCUCUCCAUACAUAUUAUAUAUGUAUAUAUAUAUAUAUAUAUAUAUAUAUAUAUAUAUAUACAUAUAUAUAUUUGCCUCUAUCUCUCUACCCCCAGAACUGAUGUAUAUUCCUCCCUCCAUUGGCCUCCCGUUCCGCCAGGACCGCAGACACAAAAACAAUAACAAAUCGAUUCGCAAGAGAGAGCAAAUGGGGUGGGGGUCAGGGCAGUUGCCAGGCGAGAGAAGGAUGGCGCUUUAUACGAGGGUUGAAAGAGAUAGGGAGGGAGGGAUCCUAUCUCUCUCUCUCUCUCUCUCUCUCACCCUCAUCCUCAUCCACUCCCUCAUUCUCUCUCUCUCUCUUUCUCUCUUUCCCUUUGACUCUCUACAUGUACACGUACACAUAGCCCAUACCUUCAUCUCUACCCCGAACUCUGUAGUUCUCUCUUACUCUUUCUCUCUCUCUUUCUCUCUCUCUCUUCUCUCUCUCUUUCUAGAUAUUGUAUAGAGAACGUUAUGCUAAAGUAUGCAUGCACGAGGGUUGGUCCGAUGGUCAGGAAUAUCGCGAGUUCGUUCGUUCGUUCGUUCGUUCAUUCGUUUGUUCGUAAGUACGUUCGUUCGUGCGUUCGUACGUUCGUUCGUUCGUUCGUAGGUUCGUUCCUGCGCCAAGUAUCACGUAACCGGGCAGAUCGCUCUAACAAAGACCGUCGAACGACGUCGUCCAGUAAUUACUGUACCUGCUAAUACUAGAGUUCUGGUAUAAAAGUCUUCCGUAAUGACGUCCGGGCACAGUUGCGGUAGGCCACCAGAGGGGUGCCCGUAAGAGAAACAUCAAAUCCCUUAAUCCAUCUUCUAAAUUAUUAAAAUUUAAUAACCAAACCCGGGACACAUGUUUGACGUCACAGAUCAUAAUACGGAUGGAAUAUGGGAUUUGGAGUCUUCACGUUGCGGGUGAACUUUGGAGAGACCCACGCCUCGCCCGUAGACAUCAUCCUAUCUUACCCCCAUAUGUGUGUCAAAUAACUCCAAGGACUGCUUUAACUCUUAAUGUUCUAUGUCAAUCUACAACAAAUAUGGUACCAUUGCCGUUAGCUUUAAAUGGGCCAUCGCCCUAUGGCCCUAUAGGAUUAGUUACGAAAUCUUCCGGGAGUAAUAAUGAUUUAGAAUUGGCCAAGGACGAUACUAAUGAAGUCUAUCAUGAAGAAAAUGACGAUGGCGGAGAUGAUAACGAAGUCAACGAAGAUAACAUCGAAAAAUCCGACGAUAAUGAGAAUCAAGUAGGUAAAACUUUAUCGAAAAGAAAGAAAGAAAGAAAGAGAGAAAGAAAAAAAGAAGAAGAAAAUAAAAAAAAAGAACAAACAAACAAACAAACAAAUAUCCUUCACAUUAUACAGACUUCUUCUGAACAAAUCGAAACCAACGAAAAUGAAGAGGACGAGGAAAGUGAUACGGGAAGUACAGGAAGUUCGCGUAAGUCAUCUAAUAACAAUUUUCCAACGAAAUUGUUAGAUCCGAUGUCCUGUUUAGGUCUCGACAAGGAAGGUGCGGUAUCACCAGUUUUAAAUGGUUGGGUAUUAGGUGCGUAUACGGCAAUGUUAGGAAGAUUAUCAGCAGCUACUGCGGCAUUAGAGGCUACACAAAUUCCAAAUAUACCUUCCGACAGCGAUUCCGAAAGUGAACAUUCUUCUUACACGGAAAGAUCUAGAGGUAGUAGUCCAAAUGUUAGUAACGUACAUCGAGGAUAUUCAUGCGGUUCUUGCGAUGUGGUAGCCCCAACUAGGCCAGCUUUAAGGAAACACAUUGCGAAUUGUCAUCCAACGUUAAAUGGUACAGAAAUGAGAGAAUCAAGGAGUUGUCCUGCACCAGGUUGCGAUUUUACAACGAAUAGUAGAUGCGAAAUGGAAACUCAUGUAGCGGCACACGUUGCACAAGGAAUGACACCAACAGGGAAAAAACGUACAUUGGCCUUGCAACGCGUUAGGUAUAGAUACGAAAGGGAGGAAUAUCGAUGCACCUUAUGUUCCUACGCUUGUACGAUCGAAAAAGCUUUCCAAAGGCAUUUGAGGGCACACGCAAGAGGUACCGCCCCAGAAACAAGAGUUAGCUGUGCGGUAUGCGGCGCAGAUAGAUCAUCCGAGGUUGAUCUUAGUAGACACAUGAGAAGGCAUCGGGACGAUCGUUACUUUUGUUGCGAUAUUUGUAUCUUCCGUACUGUUCAAUUGAAGAAGUUGAUUCAACAUCGUCGCAUGCACACUGGCGAGAAACCACAUCUUUGUCCGCAUUGCGCAUACAGAAGUGCACGACGUGAUAAUCUACGCAGUCAUGUUAGACGAGUCCACAAGAAAGAGAAUUUAUAUUGCGAUACGUUUAGUCCACGUGGCAUGUUAAUAGCACCAACUAUUAACGAUAAGGAUGACUCAAUCGUUGUACAAACUCCCGCAUCAUCGCCGUCCUCGAAUCCUGACUCGACGAAUUAGUGCAAAACGAAGAUAUUAUUAGUACAAGGGAAAGAACGACUUAGCCUCUUAAUGACUUUCGAUCAGAGAUAAAUAAUUUGUUUUCUGUUUUUUACUUAUUUUUUUUCUUUUCUUAUUGUUUUUUUUUUUUUUUUUUUUUUUUUUUUUUUUUUUUUAUAACAGGGUGGUGCACGGGGUUGAACUGUGGGUGGGAUAGAAUGGGGCGUGGCGGGGUGGAUUCUGAGUGGGGUUGGAUGAUCGGGCCAAAAAUAAGUAAUCCUAAGUGAUUUUUUUUUCUUCCUAAGUGAUCUUCUUUUUUUUUAAAUAAUAUUAAUCAUGUUUUUGCGAAACUUUUGUAAGCUGAUUUUCUUUUUUUUCUUUUUUUUUUUUUUACGGCAUUACAGAUUGGAUAAAAUUAUUUUUUAUUGAUCCCUUAGGUAUACUCUUUUUGGCCCGCACUCUUCUGCCUUUAUAAUGUCUCAUUAAUUAUUUUUCUUCUUCUUUUUUUCUUUUUUUUUUUUUUUUUUGAAAUCGAUCGAAUAUAUUUUCAGUUACUAAUUUAUUAAAUCUAGCAUGAUAGGAAGAUCUUGAAAGUGAGAAUGGCUGUGAAACGAAGAAUAAGAGGCUAUCGCGAAACUUCGAAAUUAUGAGAAAUCUUUUAUUAUCUUUUUGAAGAUUUUUGAUUUUAUCUAAUUUUCAUCUUUUUUUUCUUCUUCUUCUUCUUUUUCUUUUUACCACAACGUAGAGGAUCAUAAAAAAUUAAUUAUAAAAACGAAACGUUCGUCCAUCUUCGUACUUGGACUUUUUCGUUAUGGUCAGAGAUUGAUAUAAGUAAUUAUAAAUAAAAUUUUUGCAAGAUUCAACAUUUCGAACAAUAUUUUGUCUCUUGCAUAUCUAUAUGUGUAUGUAUACAUAUAUAUAUAUACAUAUAUUUAUAUAUAUAUGUAUACGUAUAUAUACACAUAUAUUACGUAUCGUACCAAAGCCAAAAAAAAAAAAGAUCAUAAGAUUAUAAACGUGAACGAUUUCAAAACGAUCGAUCUCUAAUCAUAAUCGACACGGAUAUUAUUAGACUAUCAAGUUAAUAUGUGAUUUCUAUAAAUCUGCAUGUGAUCUCAAAUCUUCGAUGAAUAUUCUCAGUGUAAUAAUACCCCCUCGAAUUUUAUUAUUAAAGGUUUAAGAAAAAAUUUAAAAAAAAGAAAAAAAUUAACAAAAAAAAAAUAAAAAAGAAUAAAAAAAACACAUAAAAAAGAAAUAAUAAUAAUGAUAAAUACAAAAAAAAAAAGCCACUUACAUAUAGACAUUAUUAAGAGCUAAUUAAUUAAUUGUUGUUAUUAAAUAAAACGAAACGAAACGAAAUGAAACAAAAAAAAACGGAUUAAAUUAAAUUUAAUUAAAUUAAAUCAAAUCAAAUUAAAUUAAACAAAUAAAACAAAAAAAAAAAAAAGAAAAAAAAAGAAAAAAAAAAUAACGUAAUUAUACAUUCGGUAUUCGAAACGUUUAGUCUCGGUAAUAACGUAAUAAAAUAAAAGCUGCAUAAUGGUGCUAGACUCGUAGACUGGAUCAUAGUGAAAGACUGAUAAUAGGUGUGCUUCAUGGCAUCAUAUAUAUACAUAUAUAUAUAUAUUUAUAUAUAUGUAUAUGUAUGUAUAUGUUAUUUUAUUUACAUAAAUGUGUUCUUGCCGUGAUUAAAAAAUGAGAAAAUUGAAGACUGCAAUUCUAUAAUCUAUUUAAAGCUCGAGAGUCUCCUGUCUAAUUCACAUAAAAAAUAUAAUAUAUAUAUAUGUAUAUCUAUGUAUGUGUUUAUAUAUAUAUAUACAUAUAUACAUAUAUAUAUGUAUGUAUAUAUAUAUAUAUAUAUUUCUCUCAUUCUAUAUUCUUUAUAUAUUCAAUUCAAUUUUAACGUUGCAUAGAUAGUAUCACAUGAUCCACAUAGUAAAUGUCAUAAGAAUAUUAACAGGGGACUCUUUGGCUAAACUAGAUAAGAGGGUGCUAUUUUGGAAAUAAUUUUAUUACAUUAUUAAUACAUGUUAAUGGCUCACGAGGGAAGACGCGUUUAGUGCAUUUAUUUUAUUUUAUUUUAUUUUAUUUUAUUCCUUUUUAUUGUAUUUUAUUGUAUUUUAUUUUAUUUAUUUAUUUAUUCAUUCAUUUAUUUAUUUAAUGUGUUCAUUCAUUUUAUUCCUUUAUUUAC